UGGUGUGCCAUGAGAUUUUUCGAACAUAAAAAUGGAAAACAUUAGUCUAGGAGUGGACCAUGCAUUUCUGGUUAGAAGAAGCUACAAAUGCUGCAAAAUAAAGAUUUACUGCUUGCAGUGGAUGUGGCACCUGUGGCUAUGCGAGUUGUUGACAUAACGGCCGAACUCCGUCGCGGAUGGCGCGCCGGCCCAUUAAAGUUGAAAUGGUCAUUUUGGUCACGGCAGAGCAGAACAUCUUGCUCACCUCCCGCGGCUCGUUACGAGUAAAUCAACCUGCGGCCGCUGUAAAGGCUCGGCGCUGUAAAUCAAAGAUAGAUGCCGGUGGCCUUUAGUGGGUUCAAAAGAGCAUUAUUAUUUUUUUCCAUUCCUGAUUUCAGUUAUUCCUGAGGCAGGCAAUGGUGCGAAGCAAUGAAAGUAAAGCAGAAUCUCUCAAACACAAGAGGGGAAAUGUGCUAUACAGGUAGUCCAAUGAAACCUUUGCCCCGUCAUUCCAAAAUGUAUGUUUGGCACAAACGCAACACACUUGUGCAACCACAUUGCUUUAAUUUUGUAUUUUUACUUCCAAUCAUAAAAAUAUGUAUUGUUUACAAAUCAACCGAGUUGUACAGAUUACAGAUAGUAUUUGUUUUGUCACAAGAACAUUUAUUGUGAUAGCAAAAAAAUCCAGAGUUAAACAUAAAGGGGAAACUAUUUUGCGUGCAGUUUUGUUCAUUAUGCCAACUUAUCAAAACAGGUAUUGUAUAUAAUACUCAAUAAAAAAAAAAAUAAUAAUAAUAAAUACUUUUUCACUUAUGUACAUUUCAGAGUUUGUGCUUUCUUACUUAAGUAGAGAGGUGUGCGUACUUUUGCCACCUGGAAGAAGGAGCCAUGUUACCGUUUAGUUGCUACGGAAGUUAAGCAGAUUCCAGUUAAACGUGCAGGAAAAACAAGCAGCUCGCGUUACGUGUGCGGAUUGUCUCACUCGUAAGUGUUUGUACUCGCUGUGCAUACUUGUCGUCUUAAUGUGCUUAAUAUUGAGGAGAGAAGCGUGAGGCUAAUUUACAUACUGUACGGCAGCAUCCUAUCAGGACUUUAGAGAGGACUUAAGACUUGUUCCUCUGCGUGUUUACCUCACCAAACAGCACCUGAACUAGCAAGCUGUCGUUUAUCCCCCUGGGAGAUGAUACACACCGUAGGGAGUUGUGUGUGUGUGUGUGUGUGUGCGUGCGCAACCACACUUCUUUUGCAAUUCAGCAACUAUUUGUGUCGUCUUGCUGGCUCUGCCUCUGGGUCUGCACAGAUAAGAAGAGCCAUAUAGCAAGUGUACUCGCAGCGCUUCCAGAAACCGCCAUUGUUUCCCUAGCCGGUGUCGGAGGAAGAUUAAAAAUAAUAAUUCGCGACGCCACCAAGGAAAGGCGACAGGCCAGAAAAAUGUGCGACUCGGGUUUGUCGUCGAAGCGCAACGCCGCCACUCUGCGGGAGAAGAUAAAAGUUGUGCUGCAGGCGACGCCGGUUUGUAUUUUUGCCUUUAUGCUUACUUGGCUGCUCAAGAGAAGAUGUAGAAGACUUGCUGAAAUGUCUCGCGGGCUGUUUUUACUGGAAAUGUUUGGAAAAGCAAAUCAUUUCUCACUGUGAAAUGUUGUAUGUAUGUAUUAUAUGCAUUAUACAGUAUGUAUGUAGUAGUAUGUGUAUUGUAAAGUAUGAGUAAAAUGUGAGAAUUAAGUCAGAAUAUUAACUUAAAAAAGAACUUGCAAUGUUAAAAGGGUACAGUCAUAUUAUCCAUCCAUUCUUCCCAUUUUCUGUACCGAUUACUUUUGUUUUGGGAAUGUGCGAGUUGGCCGGACCACCCGGAGGAAAUACAUGAAGGACGGGGAUAACAUGGAAGGCCGGAGCCCGGAUUCAAACCCCCAACCUCAGAAAUACGAGGCAAAUGUGCUAACCACUCAAACACCGAGCUGCCUCACAGUCAAAAAAAAAAAGUCUUAUAUUUUGUUCUGUUUUCGAUGAAUAAAGUUGUAAUUACCAGAAAAGAAGUCAAAACAUUUUUUUGGAGGGGAAGAAAAAGACAAUUUUGCAGGCAAUGUUACGAGGAUAUGAUUUUCUCAAGAAAAAGUCCUGUAAAUUAAAAAUUGUAAUUUGACAAACCACAGAGAACAGUGUUAUUAACAAAGCUGCCAAGUUGGAAUGAUUGAAAAGAAAAAAAAAAUCAAUGCGCAUACAAAAGGCUUCAAAAUCGUAAAGAAUUCAAGCACUAGUCUCCUCUCUCAAAUUGUGUGGGCGUGUUCGGUGAAUGUGUGAAACCACACCGUUGAAAAAUGGAUGUUACAAGCAGGUUUAUUAUGACUACACAUCCCUUCAUGUUUGAGUUGCGAAACUAUAUCCACUCACAGACUUCGGUGGAUGGAAGAUAUCCUCAGGUGUCGUUGCAGGAUUUUUCACAUCACAACAACGAGGCGCUCUAAAACGGCCCUACCAGUCUGAAGUCCUGGUCCAUGUCAGACUUGACUUUUUUCUCCCCCUAUUCUUCCCUUUCAUCUUUGUCUUUGUGACACGAGUGGACCAUCUGAAGGUUAGAUGGAUUUUCGUUUUUUUAGGUGUAAACAUGGCUCGCUAGCUAGCUAACUGCACAUUGCAAUAGCACCGGAUAACCACUGAUGUGAACGAAGGCUCUCAAGUUCUCAUGCCGGACCAAGUGUGCCCCCUUUUCAGCAAUUACCUUCAAUAUGUUUCACUUAUUUAGAAGCAAAUCUCUUAAUUCUCUUUACAGGGUCUUUAAUGUAUUACAAUAUAUUACAAGAAAACAUUUGCAACGUUAUGAGUAUAAAUGACUAAUAUUACAAGUUAAAAAGUACUGUAGUAUUACUAUGUUAAAAAAGUUGUAAUGUUAUGAGAAAAAGACAAUGUUAGGAGGAUACCUCCAUAUUGUUUAAAUGUUAAAUUGUUACAAGAAUAAAGUCAAAACAAUAGACAGAACAGGUAAAUUACAAUUACACUAUUGCAAGAAAGUCUUGUUUUUUUCAGGAAAAGUCAAGCAAUGAUACGAGGAUACAGUUGUGUUUUUAUUUUAAGUACAGGAGUUGAAUUAGUCCUAAUUGGACCAAAAUCUUUUUUUUUCUAACCAAUUCACUGCUUUGUGCUCAGGCAAAAAAAUAAUAAUAAUAAUAUUUCUAAUAUCCAUCCAUCCAUUUUCUGUACCGCUUUAUCCUCACAAGGGUCGCUCGCGGGCAUGUUCUAUUGGACAAUUUAAAUGCACACGGCUCAUAAAUUGUAGGUGCAUAAAGCGAGGCGCACAACGGGAAAGGUUUACUUUUUUUUUUAUGUUAGCUCGUGACGGGUUCACACGAGGCAGGAUAACAGAUGCACGCGCACACAUUGAUCAUCACGCUGAUGUAUUGAGGAAUAACCUACGCGCUCAGCCAGUCAAUAGCUCAAUAUGUCUGCAGUCUGCGUGCCUCUUUCCAUGGCGCCUUGAAGGAGAAAAAUGUAUUUUCUGUCUUGUAAUUCAUUUGAGGAGGUUAGCCUAGGUCAGCUUCUGUUCAACAUCCUGUCAACAAUGUUUGACAUACAAUCAGGUUUUUUUUUGAUUAUGAGUAGUUAUUCUUUCAUUGACGCCGCCUGUAAAUGUUGGUGGCAAUGCAUAAAUCCUGUUGAACAUGUUCAGGCGCUUAUUUCGAUGUUGAAUGUCACCAGACACGGCACGGUGGCCGACUGGUUAGAGCGUUAGCCUCACAGUUCUGAGGACCGGGGUUCAAUCCCCGGCCCCGCCUGUGUGGAGUUUGCAUGUUCUCCCCGUGCCUGCGUGGGUUUUCUCCGGGCACUCCGGUUUCCUCCCACAUCCCAAAAACAUGCAUAAAUUGGAGACUCUUAAUAGCCCGUAGGUGUGACUGUGAGUGCGACUGGUUGUUUGUUUGUAUGUGCCCUGCGAUUGGCUGGCAACCAGUUCAGGGUGUACCCCGCCUCCUGCCCGAUGAUAGCUGGGAUAGGCUACAGCACGCCCGCGACCCUAGUGAGGAGAAGCGGCUCAGAAAACGGAUGGAUGGAUGUCACCAGACAGGUCAUCACAGAUAGCCAACUCCUGUCUGCCUCCCCAGGCAAAACUUAAGAGAUUUGCUUUAUGGUUAGUGUUCAAUCUUGGCAGCAGCAGCAGAAGCAACUUACAUCACACACGUGAGCCGAGGGAGACACAAAGCUAUGAAAAAGAUAUACAUUGGCAAAACAGCCCUCAAAAGCCAGAGAAAUGGUUGCAAACAUCAAAAAAGAAGCUCUUUCCAUGACCACAAGGAGGACCUCCGCAAGCGCCUGUCGUACACCAUGCACAAGCUAGAGAUGGUGGAGAGCGAGUUUGACUCCACCCGCCAGUACCUGGAGACAGAACUGCGGCGGGCCCAGGAGGAGCUGGAGAAGUUUACGGAGAAGCUGCGCAGAAUCCAGAACAGCUAUGCAGCUCUGCAGAGGAUAAAUCAGGAUUUGGAGGACAAGAUGCAUGGGACGUCUCAACACCACGAAGAGGAGAAGAGAGCCCUCAGCCGCGAGAUCAUCGUCCUCAACAACCACCUCAUGGAGGCCAAGCUCACCAUAAAUAAACUCAAAGAAGACAACGACCUAUACAGGAAAGACUGCAACCUGGCUGCCCAGCUGCUGCAGUGCUCAAAGUCUCAUUACAGAGCUCACAAGAUGUCUGAGCUGCCACUGGACUUCCAGGAACGCAUCAGUUCCCACAUUGAGAAACAUAAUCAGGGUAGUGAAGCAACUAUGGCAAUGUGCCACUCCAAUUACUCUGAUGCUGUGCCCACAUCCAUCAUUGCAAAGAUCCUUGAAAAACCAGAACCGGGAAACAGUUGUCCCAUUACACGCUGCCCCAGUCCACACCCGCAGGACGGAGACUCCCUGGCGGGAACGGGAAAUAACGAUCACAUCAACCGCAGAGUUCCGUACAAGACCUCUGACCUGUACUGUAGCGAUACGGCCCUCUACUGCCCCGAACGCUGGCAGGAAACAGACCGCCGGCAGAGCAUCGACCUCAAUGGCACGACUUUGCUCCAGCUCCACGCCCAGAACUCCACAGACAGUAACCCGGAUGAAGAGGCCUACAACUCCAGCAGCUUCCCCCAUCAUGAGCCGGCAUCAUCGUUCCACCACCAUGAGGAGUUCAGCGCUGGAAGCCUCCCUGCCUCCAGUUCCUACUCGAGUUUCAGCCUAGCCUCAGACGACAAGGGCGGCAUUGCGGGAAGGGGUGCACGCACUGCCAGUAGCACUUUAUCCACUUCCCACCAAGGUUUGUAUGUGGACUGGCGGGAUGGCGGGAGUGGAGAGUAUGAACGCAAAAGCAUGUCUUCCUACGAUAAAGACGGCUCAGGUUUCCCCAAGUCCAACAGCAUUGAGCACAUUGUCACUUCAAGGACCCCACAGAAGGGCACCUUGCCAACGUACACAAGGACAGCGUCUUGCUUCAGUGAACCGUACCACUCCAGCACCACUCGCCUGGCCUCCUCUCACAGCAUGGGAUCUACAACCGGGUUAGGCCAGGCACAGGGUGCAGCUCUAGAAAGCAGAGCUGAUAUCCACGCCCAAGAGGAUGAGCUAACCAGCCGGUGGAAACAGCUGAGUGUGGAAGAUGUCAACACGUUCUCGUCUUCCUAUCGCAACGUCACAGGACGGGUCUCCCCGUACAGUUUCUCAGAGUGUCACUAUGCCAUGGGCCCAUCGAGCAAGGCCAAGGGAUCUCUCUAUAGUAGCUUCCAAGAGGGAGAUGACAUAUUCCACAGCCACAUGCUGGACCAGUGCUUUGCGUUGGGUUCACCUUCGCCCAGCCCCAAACUUCCUCCUGCGGAGCUUCGCAAACAGAAAAAGAACUCUGCGAUGUACCGAGCAAAGGAUGGAAAUCCAGACAGCUUGUUGCUCUCAGGAAGUUCGAAAGAAAAGGAACACGCCAAGAAGGAAUACGUGAAUCUGAGCGCGGGAAGCUCAGCUGAGUCCUUACACCAAAGCUCCUUAGAAGCUUCAAGUCUUCAGCAUUACCCAAGCCCCAGGCCGAGUGUCCGGCCUCGCCCAAGCUCCAGCUCCGCCCUUAGCGCCGUCGGCCCGGCACUCCCCAAGAAGACCGCUCCAAGAUACCAAAAAUUUGGCAGCACUGGGCUGACAAGGAAGGACAGCCUGACCAAGGCGCAACUCUACGGCACGCUGCUGAACUGAAGUGGCGAGGAGGGAGCUUGUCGUUUUAUGCAUGAUGAUGACGAUGGUGAUGAUUACUAGCCUCCUGUACUGUACCGUCUCAAACGUUCUCUGCAGCCUACUUGGUGUGACAAGGGUGUUCAGUGUUUUAUGUAUCCUAGCCAAGGCAUGUUUCACAGUCUGUAACACCUUUUUCUAUUUAUGUCAUAUUAAAGUGUGGCUUCUAGCUAGCUGAGAAGCUGUAGCAAUUCAGUGACUUUUCAUUGUAUUGCUCUUCAUAGCCAAUAGGAACAACCCACCUUCAGCAAGACAGACCAUGGACGUACAGUGCUUUGUGCUAAAACGUUCACACUGAAUACUAGGGGUGGAAUGGUUCACAAAAUCCACGGUUCGGUUCCCAUCUCGGUUUUGUGGAGAUGGUUUUCGAUUCGGUUCAGUAUACGUUGAGUUUUGAGAUAAUCAAUUAUGUCUUGUAUAUUUGGUGUUAUUAAUAUUUUAAUUAUUAAUCAGAAAAUAUACCUUUGUUCGCUUAUCCAUGCCAGCACCGUUUAGUGACGGGCAGAUCAAUUAAAUGCUCUUCCAGUGGAUGGGGAAAAUGUACAAUAAACCUGUGUAUCCACCUGUUGCCAUUCAUACAACAGUUAAGUCAUAUAUUUGCAAUAUAUCAGCUUUGUGUUCAACUAAAAACCUAGAUUUCACACUGAGUAAGUCAAUUUGUGACUGAAUUGAGACAAGAUUUCAGUAUUCAUACAUUUGAUGAUAUUUGUGUUUGGUGGUUAAUCGUGAGAUUUUUCAAAUGUGAAAUAGGUGCCAACAAAAGUUGGAAAACACUGAUCUAAUCAUUACUCUCCUAAAUACAAGCUCCAUUUAUUAAAUUUAUUAAAGUCUGAUACGAUGGAUGAUGCACAUAGACGGACAUGUUUGUACAAACAGUGAUUUUCAGUGAGUUGUUAUCUCACCAACGCAAAAUCUCUGGUGCAUAAAACGAACAACUUGGAAGUCCGUUUUCUGCACCUGAGAAGUUGUGUCGCAGAGAUACAGACUUGGUACACUGGUGUCGCGUUUGUCUGGGUUUUAAGCAUGUAAUGAAAGGACUCGCUGGUAGCCAGUCUCUUUAAGGUCCUGGCGGGCGUAGCAGAACUGAGAACAAGCAAGGAAAUAGUACAAAAACUGCACCGAAGAGUAGCACCGUAUGGCGCUGCAACGUGAUUAUGAAUCUCACUCAAGUUCAGGACAAGGCAGGAGAUGCCCCGCUGUAAGAUGAUUGGCUGGUGCAUCGUUAGAAGAGCAUGAGGCAAAUGAUGGGUGCUUUCGGAAAUGUACCCCGGCGCUGCUCUGCGACACACGGGACCAUUUGGAAACUUGAAACGUUGCUGGAAUGUGUGGAACACAAGCACUCUCAAAUUGCAUUUCUGAACACCGUCAAAGUGUCCUGCCUAGUCGUCCACUUGAGUGGAAGUCAAUGCUACAACAUACACAUGCACCCGGCCAUAUUGGCUAGCAUUAACACUACUGUACACUUUGCCUCAAUAGUAAAUGAGAAGAAAGAAAAAGUUUCUUGUGCCAAAAUGAACGGAACACAUGCGGACCAAACCGAAACAGUCAAACUGAACCGUUAGGACAGUUUUCAAAAACUGUUCCACCCCUACUGAAUACUGUUAGUAAAACCAGCAAGAAAGUUAUCUGUUCUACUAAAUAAAGUAUAAGUAAGUAAAUGUAAAGCAUGUAUAACGGGAUAAUAUCAUCCAUAACCAUUUUCCAUUAUGUUGUAUCAAAAUUCAAAUUACAGCAUUGUGCAUGUAUAGUGAACCACAGAAAUAUACAUCAAUCAAAUUGAUCAAAACAGUGGCUGGACUCAUGUAGAAAGAAUAAAAGUAACCCCCCCCCAAAAAACAAUGCAAUGGCUCAGAUGCAAGCUGAAAUAUGUUUAACACAACUCAACAGGAUUUUUGUCUUAUUUUCAUACAAAAAAUUUGACCCCGUAAAUGUGGUGCUUGAUUGCACAGUCGUUAUCCUCAUAGCAGGAUACUGGUUAAGUUGCCUUAAUUCCAUUUAGUGGGGCACAACUUUGCAGCAUCGAAUGAGUGUAAAUACUGUUUACCUGCUCUAUUGAGAGGUGGUGUCUUAGAAACGGAGUGAGCCUCUUUUAUGAAUGGUAACGAGAUUGGUAUAGCUAGCACAUUACUUUUAGUUCAUUUUAUACAUAAUUUGGGGGCUUUUUAGCCCAAUUUGUCUUUUCACAGUAAAGUGAAUAUAAUUAUGAGAUGUGCAACAAGUGAAAUUAUGUAGUAAAAUAAGAACAAUGUGACUCCAAACUUAGAUGCAACCAAGUGUGCCAACCAAGUGUGCCCAAUUAGGCCUUCUACAUUUUUGCUGUCUUUCUCUAAAUAAGCACAAGUCAUUACCGGUAUUUUAAUAAGCGUUCUUGUUGUUUUGAAUUUGUAAGUCAUUAUUUUCAUUUGAGGGAAUCACAUUAAAAUGACAUACAGGUUCAUCACAGAUGCAGAAAUGGGCUUCCACGUUUAGACACCCCCUCAUGUUAAAUAAGCUCUUUUUCUUGUAUAAGUAAAGCUACUAAAGCAAAAUUGGAGCCGAAAUGACCAGUUCAUUCUUCCUGCUUGGGUUUGUCUUUCUAUCCUAGUGAAGAACAGGUAAUCAAAAGGAAGUUACAGUGAUUUUUAAUGUCAUGUUUCUACCUCUCCUUUUUGCAAACACUGGCUUCAAGCUGUUUUCAAUUGAAACAGCAUUUCUAAACCUUUGUUCACGCUAUGUACUUUUUUUGGGUAAUUUUUAAAAAAUCAAUCUGUUUAUUUGGAGUGAGUCUGUGUAUUGUAUGUACUGUAAGUGAGGUUUAGAAAAGUCUUACAUGAUAAAAUAAAAGAAUAUAUGGUAUUUUGAUUGAGGUGCUCUAUAGAAAGACAGACAGAAAAUGCAUCUUUACACAAAAAUACGACUGUUUUCUCGUCAGUUGUUGUUAUAUUUAUGGAAUGUGUUGAUCAGCCCGUCGAGAAAGUUCAAGUGGCUCUAUCAGUCCUACCUCCAUAACAGGUCCAGUAACAACAGAAUGUGAACAUCUGUUUGAUGCAUGAUUAUAUAUUUUUGCUGUAUUUAUUUUCAAUAAAGAUGAGUGUUGGGAAAAUA